UAAUGUCUUUAGAUGAAACUAUUUAUUCAGAAUUUAACACAAGCAGUGAAUUUCAUGAAGUUUACACAAAAACAACUAGCAGAAUACGUCGUAUUCUCUUUCCAGAAAUAGUGACUGGCGAUGAAGAAACUGAAGCUGAAUACUCUAAAACUUCAAUUGUUUCGCGGUUUGCAGUCCCAACACAACAACUUAAAGAAGCAGUUCUUGAUCUUUUAAAUGUUCGGGCUCAGCCACAAUUAGCGCCGGAAGUUGUUGUAACAAAUAAUAUUCCACAAUUUGUUCAAAAACUUUCGUCUACACAUGACCAGCAUGAAGUCCUACAAGCCGCUAAAAUGGUUCAUCAACUGUCUAAAGAAGAGAAAAUUGUUGUUAGUCUUGCCUCGAGUGAACCACUUGUUGAUGCUUUAAUUAGGGCCUUAAAGCGGCAUGUUGCUGCAGCACUUUCCCAUCUUUCUGCUAACCAACUUGGCGCUGCUUAUAUUUUCCGUAGCGGCGGGAUAGCCGAACUUGUUCGCCUUUUACGAUGUCCAAUUGCUUCUGUAAUUAAUUAUGCAACAACAACUCUUCAUCAUUUAUUAGUUUAUGUUGAGCAAUCAAAGCAAGAGGCUAUUGCUUGUGGGGCUUUAGAAGCUUUUGUUCCACUGUUGGCGCCUCAAACGGUUAUUCCUCAAUCUGGGCCUAAUCCGAAGCUUCAAGCUAUGGUUGCCGAUUCUUUAUAUUUUCUUCUUUUGGACCAACCUCAAUGCAAAAAUACUUUCCUGUCCUUACAAGGCCCUCGCUACUUGGUUGAAAUUUUGCGUACAGAAUCUAAUUAUAUCAAAUUAUUAUAUGCUGUUGUAAGAUGUAUUCGUUCAAUAAGCACACACGAUGAAAAUAAAGCAAUGUUGAUUGCAAUUGGCGGUAUUGAGCUUUUACAUCGUGCUCUUAAAUUAAUGGAUGAUGAUAAAAGGAAGUUGGCGACAUUAAAUGCUCUCAGGAACCUCUCAGAUGCAGCCACAAACCUCGAAACUCUUAAUAAUUUGGUUAAUGAUCUUAUUAUUUUGGUUGCUCAACAAGAUGAUGAUGAAUUAGUUGGGUGUGCUUGUGGAAUUCUCUCUAAUCUUACUUGCAACAAUAUUUUAAAUAAAAAAGCUGUCUGCACAGCAGGUGGAAUUUCUUGCCUGGCCAGAGCUCUUGCCAAAUUUUGCAACAUUGAAGACGUCACAGAACCAGCCUUAUGCACCCUUCGUCACUGUACAGUUCGCCAUCCACUUGCUCAUCAAGCACAAAAUGAAUUGAGAUUUGCUCAUCCAAUAAUGCUUGCACUUUUGGCCACUGGAAGGCCUCCAAUUGUUAAAGCUUCUUUGGGAUUGUUGCGAAAUUGUUCUUUAUCUAACGAAAAUUUGCGGCUUAUCUUAAACGAAAAAACUCCAGACGGUGCUAACGUUUUGACUUUAUCGAUAGAAUUUCUUGAAGAAACAGGAAGAGAACUUGCCAAAGAUUGGCUUGGUUUAAGAGAUGGUGUUUCAUUACUCGAAAUGGUUGAAGGAGCAAUUUCGGCUCUUCAUCAAUUUGCAAGAGAUCCGACUUCUGCCGCCCUUAUUUUGCAUCGGCCUGUAGUUAUGAAUUUGCUUGUUGAUUUAAUUUCAAAUCCGGAUGUUAAUUCAACAAAUGAUGAAUUAUUGAUGCGUGAAAUUAUGGGACUUAUUUAUCAGUUAACAAAAUCUCGUGAUGGAGCAAAAACUGUAAUUGCAUACGAAGCACAACCACAUAUUGUUGCUGCUCUUCAAUCGCCUCACAAGUCCAUUGCUGCAUAUGCGUCAAUUAUUCUUAAAAAUAUGGGAAUUGAUCAACAAUCAUUCUUUAUGUCUCGAAGUGGGAAUUACAAUGGAACUACAAAUAGCAAUGGAUUUUCUGUAAGAAGUACUAAUAAUUUACACCAGCAGCAAAAUUCGGCUACUAAUUCUCUUGAAAGAAAUAGAAGUAGACAACAAAUGGGAUGGCUAAAUGAUGGAAUGGAGCCUGAACUAUACAACGAACUUUACAAUUAUCCACCAAGUCUUGGCGAACUUCGGCAAGACCAUAUUGAAGGAAAUCAACAUAAUGGUUCCUGGUUUGACACUGAUCUUUGAAAUUACCCAAAAACGAAGAUUUUUUUGAUGAUUUAUUUAUUGUGGAUACAAUAAGGUUUUUCCAUCUGUCACUUUU